CACCUCCCACUCGACCGCGCAAGGCCGGCUACGGAAGGCUGGUCCAGACCAACCAUCUGGAUGAAGAUGGUUUCAUCAAGCCAGAACAUGUAGGCAAGGAGAUCAGCAAACCUCGUCCAGUCAGGGGCCCCUGGACAAGUCCAUGAUGAGUGGCCAAAUGCCAAGAAUCCCACCAAUGGCUCAAAUUCGACCCCUUCGACCAGCAAUGCCGCUCGGAGGUUUUGGAGGUAAGAGAAGACGCUUUCAACCGCCUGGUGGCUUGGGCUUCGAAAGGAGCAUCGGUGCUGCCAGGGAGAUUCCUCGGACGGAGAUUGACAAUGCAGCGCGCGGCGCAUCGAAGAAGGAUGCCUCAUCGAGCAGAGAACGCGUCUCGAAGCAGACCAUUGCGCAGGAGUCCCCCACAGCGCGCGAGGUCACCGCGCCUUUGCAAGGCGGCGCUUUUCCGAGCGCAAAAAGACCUGCAGAAGUGUCAGUAGAGACGCUGAGAAAGGCAUCUACAAGACCCGUACAGCCAAUGCGCAGUCGGCCCUCGCCUGGGGCAUCGCCGCUUUCAUCAUCCAGCGAAGGCGGCAACGUAGCACGUGCGCAAAUCCAGCACGCAAGGAUCCACGAUCCGACCGACUUGACGCUGGUCAAGAAUCGGUCAGACAAGUACGCGUGGAGAGAUGUGCACGGCUCGUCCCACAAAAGCUCUACCUCCCGGCCCAGUUCUCCGCAGACCAACGCCUCGUCUGCCACUGCUGCUCCUUCUGCUCACACAUCAGCAGCCGCAGCAGCGCAUCACGAUCCCUUCGACUUUACGAUGGAUGGUCAGCUAGACAGGUACACGUGGAAAGAUCUGCACGACUUGUUGCACGAUGACUCUCCGCCCUCCUCGCCCCAUCAGACCAGUGUUCAGCCGACGUCUGCGCCUUUUGCGCACGCGAACGCAAAGCGUCAUGCCGAGCACUCGACGCAAUCCCAAGUCCAAGCGCACCAUUCGGACGUUGCUGCAGAUUGCGAUGCUGCGAUGUCUUUGCGCAAGACGACUGGAGCCGGCAGUGCUGGCGGAGGAGGGCUUCUUGACGUCGUACAAGAAUGCGCGCACAGGCAUAGAAACUCGUAGCAAUGGCCAUGCACAUGCUCGAUGAUUGUGUGGACAUUGGCAAUGAGAUUCCCUGACACUUGCUUCCAUUCGAAAAAUGACCAGCUGUACAACUACUUACGUGCGAUCAGGACAGCGUGGCGCCUGCGAAG